CGAUUGAUUGAUCGAUUGAUUGAUUGAUUGAUUGAUUGAUUGAUUGAAAGAAGAGCGGAUUAAAAAAAAAAAAAAAAAAGGCGGGGGAGGAGGUGGCUGUUAUCGAAUCGGUGAGGAUGGGGAGGAGAACGAUGAGUAGGGGGACAGGGAUUGGCGGGACGAGGAGGAAGAAGAAGAAGCGGGGGAGGAGGAGGCCGUGGCGAUGGAGAAGGACGAGGAGGAAGACAAAGAGGAGGACGACGACGAAGAAGGAGGAGGAGGAGGAGGAGGCCCUGAUGAUGGAGGAGGAGAAGGAGGAGGAGGAGGACAAAGAAGAAGAGGACGAGGAGAAAGACGAGGAGGAAGAGGAGGAGGACGACGAGGAGGAGUAUGAGGAGGACGAAGAAAAAGGAGGAGGAGGAAGAAGAGGUGGAGGAAGCGGAGACCACGGCGACGGAGGGGGAGGAGGGAGAGAAGAGAAGGAGCAAGAAGAGAAGGAGGAAGAAGAGAAGGGCCCGACGAUGGAGGAGGAGGAGGAGAUGGAGGAGGAGGUGGAGGAGGAGGAGGCCACGACGACGGAGGAGGAGGAAGAAGAAGAGGAGGACGAGGAGGAGGAGGAGGAGGAGGUGGAGGAGAAGGAGGACGACGACAACGAGGAGGAGGAGGAGGAGGAGGAGGAGGAGGAAGACGAAAAGGAGGAGGACGAGGAGAGGAGAAGGGGAAGGAGGAAGAUAGGAGAAGUGGAAGGAGGAGGAGGAGGAGGKGGAGAAGGAGGAGGAGGAGGUGGAAGAAGGGAAGGUGGAUCACCUAGCAUGGGCGGGCGAUGGCGCGUGGGUUUGCGCUCGUCGAUGUCGGAGUUCGGCAAUGGCACCACCGAACUCGGGCGACAGCGCGCGGGCCAAGACGUGCGGGGGAGAACGCCAGUGCCCCCGAUUUCGAAUUUGAAAAUAGCCCAAUCUGGGUCGUCGAUCUCGCAGAUCUGACGGCCUAGAUUAGGCCUUUUUUUUUCGCUUUUGGAGGCCCUACCGGCCUCCAACAAUG